AAAAAAAAACUAAUUUUUAUUUUCACUUCAAGAGAAAAACAAAACUUCGUAUACUUUUUUGUUCUAUGCCGUCACGAACACUCUCGUCGCCGGCACCGGUAAAUUCACCGUUCUCUUCCUCCGUCGCAUCUCACCAUGAUAGAACCACCACACGCAUCUUCCCUCCACUUGCAGCUGUAGGUUUCUCUCUCUUCAUAACUCUCUCCAUCUGUUUCUGCAAAUUCAACCGCAAACGCCGAUCUCCCGCCGCCGUAACAUCCUCCUCUACACCACCGCAGAAACCUCCAUUACACGAAUUCUCCUACUCAUCUCUCCGUAAAGCAACCUCCUCUUUCUCACCGGAGAAUCGACUAGGUCAAGGCGGAUUCGGCUCUGUCUUCCGUGGAACUUUAUCUCCAUCCUCCGGUGGUAAUGUCGCCGUUAAAGUAAUGGAUUCAGGUUCUCUUCAAGGAGAAAGAGAGUUUCAAAACGAGCUUUUCUUCGCCGGUAAGCUUGACUCUCCUCAUGUAGUUUCCGUUAUUGGCUUCUCUCGACGACGAAGCCGUUUGAUUCUUGUUUACGAGCUUAUGGAAAAUGGAAAUCUUCAAGACGCUCUUCUUCUUCGUAGAUCUCCUGAGCUUAUGAUAUGGAAUCGAAGAUUUCUUGUGGCGAUUGAUAUAGCUAAAGGGAUUGAAUAUUUACAUAGCUUGAAUCUUCCUGUGAUUCAUGGAGAUUUGAAACCUAGUAAUAUAUUGUUGGAUCGUUUCUUCUCUGCUAAGAUAUCUGAUUUUGGUUUAGCUAGGUUGAAAUCUGAACUUGUUGAAGUUAAAGUAGCAUCGGAGAGUGAUGAAGUCAAUGUAGUGGAAGAUUAUGGAUCUGUUGUUGAAGAAGUGGAGAGUGUUGUUACUAAUACUACUGGUUAUGAUGAAUCUAACUUUGGAUUUACUGAUCAGUCUCCGGUGCCUCUUUCAUCGCCGGAGAUGGUGGCACAGGCGCCUAUGGUGUCACCGGAAACAGUUGUAUCUGUUUCGCCGGAAAUGGGGGAGAAAGUUAGUGUAUUGGAGGUUGGUAAUGUGGUGAAGAGUAAGGAUUGGUGGUGGAAGCAAGAAGGGAAUGUUGGAAGAGGGAAAGGGAAGGAGUAUGUGAUGCAAUGGAUUGGUUCUGAGGUGAAGAAAGAGAGACCGGGUGGCGAUUGGAUUGCUGAGACGGCGGAAGGAGGUAAGAAGGUUGAGAAGAAGAAGAGUAGUAAGAAAUUAGAAUGGUGGCUUUCGUUGGAUGAAGAGAAGGAGAAGGAGAAGAAGAAGAAGAAGCGGAGAAUGGUGAGAGAGUGGUGGAAAGAUGAGUAUCGGAAAGAGCUUGCUAAGCGAAUGAAGAGGAAGAAGAAGAAGAAAACUUUGGAGUCUGAGUUUUAUAGUGAUGAUGUGAGUGGAAGUGUGGAUCAAAGGCGGUGCGGGGAUGAAGAAUUGUAUAGGAAGAAAAGAAGAGGUGGUAGUAGUAAUAGUAUAGGAAGUAGCAUAGAUUGGUGGUUAGAUGGGCUAAGCGGUGAACAAUGGAGAGCACGGCGUAGAAACAGUCAAGAUUCAGUUAAGAGUUGCGGAGUCAGUAGCACGCCGAGCAUGAGAGGGACGAUGUGCUACGUUGCUCCUGAGUGUUGUGGUAAUAACAUAGAUGAUGUGUCUGAAAAAUCUGAUGUGUAUAGCUACGGAGUUUUGUUGUUAGUCCUGGUUUCAGGACGGCGGCCGCUGGAAGUAACUGGACCCGCGUCUGAGAUCAUGCUACGUGCAAAUCUCAUGUCGUGGGCAAGGAAACUUGCGAGAAGAGGGAGACUCGGUGAUCUGAUAGAUGAAAAGCUGCAGUUGUUAGACAAAGAACAAGCGGUUUUGUGCAUUAAGGUGGCUUUGCAGUGUCUGCAAAAAUCCCCGGUUUCACGACCAUCAAUGAAAGAUGUUUUAGAAAUGCUAACAGGAGCAAUAAGCCCACCGGAUUUGCCUACAGAAUUCUCACCAUCACCGCAGACUCGCUUCCCGUUCAAGACACGAAGGAAGCAUAAUCGGUAGAAAGGUUUCUUUGGUGAUGGUGGAUGUGUGUGAUGAUUUAGAGCAUUUGUUCUACAACACCACCUUUGUUAGUGAUGUGUAGUGUUGGAGCCACUUGAUAUGUUCGCACAACUCUGUUUUCGCUUCGAAUAUCUGAUUAUAAUUAAUUAAUGUAGUUUAG